CCGUAUUAAUUCUAAACUCUAGCGAGUUGGUGUCCAUUAGGAGUUCAACUCUGAGCACAGACACUCCCCUGCAAAUGCGCGCCCUGUCUUUAUAGUGCUUGCUAAGCUGUCUGCAAUACCUUGGCGCGCCGGCCCUAUAAAAAGCCACCUUGCUACACAAUUCUCUGUCAAUACAGAUGCUGGGCAUCGGAGGAAGUGCGAUGGCAAAAGUGGUUGUGGUUUUCGACUUCGACAAGACCAUUAUUGACUGUGAUAGUGAUAAUUGGGUCGUCGAAAAGCUAGAUGUCCACGACUUGUUCGCUCAGCUCCUUCCUUCCUUGCCUUGGAACCGUCUCAUGGAUAAGAUGAUGAUGGAGCUUCACUCCCGAGGGAAGACAAUUCAGGAUAUUGCAGAGUGCUUGAAAAAGGUCCCAUUAAAUCCCAGGAUGAUCUCUGCAAUUAAAUCAGCCUAUGCUUCUGGGUGUGACUUAAGGAUAGUAAGCGAUUCAAAUUACUUCUUUAUCGAGACAGUCUUGAAACAUAAUGGGCUGAUGGAUUGCUUCUCCGAGAUCAACACAAACCCGAGCUAUGUUGAUGGAGAAGGAAGGCUUAGAAUCUUACAGUACCAUGAUGUUAAUAAGUUCCCUUCUCAUGGGUGCACCAGCUGCCCUCCCAACAUGUGCAAGGGUCUGGUGAUGAAAAGGAUCCAAGCUUCUGUUUCGGCCGAGGGAGAAAAACAGUUCAUCUAUGUUGGUGAUGGAAAAAAUGAUUUCUGCCCAGCUUUGACUCUUAAAGAAACAGAUGCGUUGAUGCCAAGGAAGAACUUUCCACUGUGGGAGCUCAUUUGCAACAACAAAAUGCUUGUCGAGGCAAAUAUUCAGGAAUGGAGUGAUUGGGAGGAGCUUGAGAGUAAGUUGCAUAAUUUAACGAAUACAAUCUUUAUUGAAGAGAAAUGCAGUGUAAGAGCAGAUCAAUUGGUUCCAGUUGAUUGCAAGUUUCAAACGAGUUCAAUUUCUGCACCUGAUGCUGUUAACAGAAACGUCCUUCCAGUUCCUCAGUAGGUGCUGUAGAUAUUUUCGAAUAUUAUGUUUCUUGUAUGAUCAACUAUGGUAUUAUGACAGUAGUGACCUCCCUCUCCCAGGAGGUCUCCUGUUGGAUUCUCUCCUUUGUAAAAAUAAAUAAACCUACGGUAGCAUGGCUUUGAAUCUGAUUGGCAAGAAUCUAGAGGGAUGAUUUGCCCGAUUCAUGUUGAUGCUUGAUUGUAUAAUUCUUAAAGAAUGAUCUGAUAAGUAAUGGGAAUGGUUUUCUCA